UCUCUCUCUCUCUCUCUCUCUCUCUCUCUCUCUCUCUCUCUCUCUCUCUCUCUUACACACACACAACCAUAUUUCCAAUCUCUCUUCUCCCAUUCUCAUCUAUUCCUCACUAUGAAACAAAGAACAAGCAGACCUACCUUACCAAACCAGUUCCACAAAUUCCUCAAACCAGGCGCCCUCGCUCGGAUCCGCGACUCUAAAAUCACCGCCAGAUCUCACCGUCUCCACUCCCUCUCUCAGAUCUCAAUCUACCGCCCUCUUUCAUCACCGCCGCCACCUUCUUCCACUGAUCAACCUCAACCUAACGCCGCCGAUGGUUUCCCUUUUUUCGCCUCCGGGAUCUACGGCCCUCGCUGUCCGCAGAGGAAGAAACUAGUCGCUGCUAAGUCUGUUUUCUUCGUACCAAGUAGUCCUUCCGCUGACUCUAACGAUCUCAUCGUUGACUCGUUUAGCGCCGAUUUUAUCGCCGCUAAUUAAAUGCUAUUUGGUUAUAUAUAUGGAUAUUAUAGUUUUUAGAUUUGUAGAUUUAGCGUGAUUUUUGUUUUUUUGCUUCAAUUAUGUGAACAAAUUACUCGCAUAGAACUUAAAUUAAUAAAGUGCAUUCAAUUUUCCAAUUUCGUUUUAUGUUUUUUCCGUUUUAAUUA